CUGGCUUGCCACAGCGUUUGUACUGAGCGCCUGGGGAAGGGGGAAGGCUGGGGCGUGGAAGGAAGUUGAGGAGGAACCUUUUUCGCUCAGGGGGGCUGGUGAAUCUGUGGAACGGCGAAACAGUUUGAGGACCCUCCACCCCCCCCCCCACUCCCUUCGUUGGGCGUUCGUGAGGUCUGGAGAGAUUUCCGAAAGGUGAAGGACUUUGAGGGCGAGGAGCUCCACUGCUUGGGAACAACGUAAUGGCGAGUAAAUACAAUGAAAGUUCUCUGCUCAACCACCCGCCAACUGUGGAAGGUGCUGUGGAAGCAGCGCCCAGUGACAUGAGGAACUUCUUCGCCAGCAAUCUGGAUAAUGACACGAUCCGUCGUCACUUCAUCAGGAAGGUCUUUGCGAUAGUGGGGGUACAGUUGCUCUUCACGUGUGGGAUUGUUUGCAUCUUCACCUACUCCCCGGACAUCCGAACCUUCCUCCUCAAGACCCCGGCCUUGUCCUACAGCGCCAUUGGUCUGUACACUUUCACCGUGCUGGCGCUGAGCUGCUGUGGGGAAAUCCGGAGGAGACAUCCCUGGAACCUCAUUUUCCUGGCACUGCUGACUCUCAGUCUCUCCUACCUGCUCGGAGUCAUCGCCUCAUCCUACGAGACGUCCUCUGUCCUGAUCGCCCUCGGAUCUACAGUCGCCGUCACUUUCGCCAUCAUCCUCUUUGUCAGUCAGACUAGGAUCGACUUCACGUUGUGCUACGGCUUCCUGCUGGUUUUGUCUACCGUUCUGUUCAUGUUCGGCAUCUUCUACAUUUUCUACCAUGACCGCAUCCUGCAGAUCGUCUACGGUUCCCUGGGUGCGCUGCUGUUCUCCAUUUUCCUGGCCGCUGACACCCAGCUGAUCUUGGCCAACCACCGCUACGGCCUGACUGCCGAGGACUACAUCUUC